AAAGAGCAGUUCUACUCCGAGCAACACUCGUCCUUGAUUAACAAGGCCUAUGAAACCCUCCUGAACCCUCUGAGCCGUGGCCUCUAUCUACUGGAGCUGAAUGGAGUAGAGACGGCACAAGAGACAGACAGUGAUGCAGACUCCGCGUUUCUCAUGGAAAUAAUGGAAAUCAAUGAGAAAAUAGCAGAGUCGAGAAAUGAGGGUAUCCUUGAAGAAACAGAGAAUUUAAUUAAAGCUAAACAAGAAGAACUGACCAAAGAGGUGACUGCAGCCUUUGAAAGAGAUGAUCUCCAAGAAGCUAAGAAGCUACUAGCCAAAAUGAAAUACUUUGCAAAUGUAUUAGAUAAACUAAAGAACAAGAAGAUUCCUUCCUGA